AAUUCAUGGGGGUUUCUGGGCUUCUGGGCUGCUGGGCUUCUCGUGCCUUGUUCCUGUCUGUCCCUCUUUUCUUGUCCCGCCUACGCCUCCGACAUGUAUUCGUCGUUGGCCUCGCCCUCGCCUUCGCCUUUGUUCUUCUUGUCAAUGGGCUCAACCAACUACUGGUAGGGGAAAAGCCAAUCCCUCUCUCCAGCUAUCGACCUCCCGACCUCAUCUUGGUCCUCGUCGGCUCUCCUCUCGACCUCUCUUCUCCUUCCCCCGCCAUCACCUCUCAUUCUCCGUGUUCUCUAGAUGUCCAUCGCACAGACAUGAAUCCAAACGUGAGCUCACCGCUAUCUCGAAGCCACACUGCUUUUCCUUGUCUCCUACCCGAUCCACGUCAAAGGUCACACUUCGAGUCGCAGCGCACAUAAGCCUCCCCACCAGCACGCACCUCCUGUUCCCAUGAUCGAUCGACCUGUGCCCGGAUAAUCUGCGACCGACUUCAAUGCAACUGACUGCCAUCUCUCCCUACGUUCGAUCCCACUGCAUGAGCUGCCCUUCACGGGCCUAGUGUGUUCCUGCAGUCAUGCCAUUUUGUUUCGGAAGUCAAGACGAAGAGCCAAAAGACGAAUACGACCAGAUCCCCUUUGGUCUCAAAUGGCGCAUGCAUUGGGGAAAAAAAGAGACCGACCCUCGGACUGGCGAAACGGUGCUCCGCCUCAGCAACAACCGAAUCCUCAAGACCCAUUGUGCCAAUACCGAGUAUCAAGCCUUGAUGCUGAUCGACCGACACACUUCAGUUCCCUCGUACAAGGUCCUCGCGGUAUACAAUAGACCGGAGGGGAAGGUGGUUGAAUAUGAAGCUUAUCCAGGGAAGCCCUUGGAUCAAGUAUGGUCGUCCAUGUCUGCCCAUAAACAGAACAAGAUUGUGGCAGAUCUAGGGCGUUUUGUGGACCAACUCAGAAAGAUGCAACCACCCAAACAAUGCGUCGUGGGGGAUGCCACCUUGGGGGCUGCGCUGGACCACCGAUUCGGCUCCGGACGUAUAGGGCCCUUCUUUUCAAUUGAAGCGUUUCAAGAGUUCGAGCGGAGAGGCCACCCGACGGACGAUUUUCCCGAGAAGGAGAUCCAAAUGGUUCAUGCACCCAAGAAACCAUACCAACUCAAAUUCACUCAUGCGAGUCUCUGUCCCCAAAACAUUUUGGUAGACGAUGCCGGUCGGAUAUGUGCCUUGAUAGGUUGGGAGUCGGCCGGAUGGUAUCCUGAGUACUGGGAGUACACUCAGAUGUGCCAUUUGACGUCAAAGACGAUGGGGGACUGGCUCGAAGCCAUGCGCGGAGUGAUACCACCCUAUGACCAAGAGCUGGCGUGCGAAGAAGCGCUCCGUGCCAGAUAUACCAGCUCGAUCUAUGAUGCACCGAGGAGUAUAAGAGCCCCGAGUCCUUCGCCAAGUGAAUUACAGGCGGAGCAGCAAGAAAUCGAUGAUAAGAAUACCGAGGACACCAGUGGCUAGGCCCUUCACACCAUGGGAAUUCUCAAAUUACAGUUUGAUGACCUUGAGGAGCUCGCGCUGAUCAGGGUGUUUUGUCACAUUUGGACAAACCAUGUCUAAAAAAAAGCACAGUACGCCAUACGCGAAAAGAUCUUACAGAUUGGAGCCAUGAAACGAAGGCACUUGACGGCUGGCCUAUGUCGAGGGAGGAAUCGGGAUGCUGCUCCAAAUUAGAGGCUGAGCCAAACGCAGGACAGAAAUGCAAAUACACGCUCCUGCAUCAUGAAGCCGAAGCGCAUGUAUGGGAUGAGGUGCCAAUAUCUGCCAAGUGGACAAGCCGUGGCUAUUUGCUCCCCUUGUGUUGAGUUGGAGUCUUGCCAUCGGUGUGCUUUUUUACAAGCGAUGCUGGUAUAGUGAUGGCACUUUUCGAUUAUUAUUUUUGUUUGUCUGAUGCACAGCGAAGGCGUUGGGGUAUAAACCAUGGGUGUGGGAAUAACAGGCAACGAGAGGCCAGCGAUUGGGAUUGUGAAUCGCUUAAUACGUUGGGCGGCAACUCGUCUGCUCUAGCACAGGAGGCAAGGCGAGAUACAUCACGCCCGAUUGGAAAUUUGAGGGAUGGCGAAGGUGCAGAAUUUCCGUUGUGAUAGAUGGGGACUGGGACAAUUGAGUGGAUUGACAGGCCAAUACAUAUCCUCCGUGCAUACACCCUUUGGACACCAUGCCCUGAGUCUGGUUCGUAGCAAUCUCG